AUGGGGCUGCUGCCACACGGUUUCCUCCUGCGGCUGCUGCUGCUGCUGCUGCUGGGGCAAGGGACCACCCAGGCCCAUGCCUUUCCUGGAGAGAAUACAUUGGAAGAGCAGCUGCGGCUGGAGGUGAGAGCUUUCCAGAACUUUCAAUUCCUGUGCAACCCAAAGAAGUCAGGCUCCAGCAUGCCUUCUAAGUCAGUCCACUCCCUGAGACCUUCUGAUAUUAAAUUUGUGGCAGCCAUUGGCGAUGUGGAAACUCGUCCAGACUCGGGGACGGCCAACGCGGAGAAGCACCCAUGGACUGGAACAAGACCACGGCAGGCGUGCAUGGGGGUGGUGACAGUCCUUUCAGACAUCGUCAGACACUUCAAUCCAUCUGUUCUGAGGCCUGUGUGCGCUCCUGGGAAGAGAGUGGUACCUCACAGUGGUGCUGAAGACUUGUGGAUUCAGGCCAAAGAGCUGGUGAAGAGCAUGCAGGAGAACCAGCAACUUGACUUUCAAAAUGACUGGAAGCUCAUCAAUGUGUUCUUCACGAAUGCAAACCAGUGCUACCUGUGUCUCUCCACCCAACAGGAGAGGCACGUGACAAGGGGCAUGGACAAGCUGACCAGGACGCUGGACUACCUGCUCCAGGAGGUCCCUAAAGCAUUUGUGAACCUGGUGGACCUCUCUGAGGUUGUGGGGGUCUCUCCCUGGCAUCUGGGGACCCAGCUCAGCCCCACAGCAGAGCCCUGUACGUGCUCCGGGGACACCUCGAAGCUGUCCAAGUUUGUGGCACAGUGGUCCUAUCAGGAAAGCUGGGAACGUUUGCUGGCCACCAGCAAGUACAACGAGCAGGAGUCCUUCACAGUGGUUUUCCAGCCCUUCUUCUAUGAGACAGCCCUGUCACCACUCUCGCGGGAGUGGCCACUCCAGGAUGCCACCACGCUCGCCUUGAAUCUCUGGAACAGCAUGAUGGAGCCAACAGGACAGAAGGAUGAGCCGUUCCGUGCAAAUGAGAAAAGGCUAACGAAAUGUCCCUCUCAGGAAAAUCCCUAUCUGUUCACCUAUAGAAACAGCAACUACCUGCCCAGGUUCACAAAGCUCCAAGAAAAGCCUGAGGUGGGAGAUGGACCGGAGAUCAGGUGCCCUGACAAGGAUCCCUCUAACACAGUUCCCACCUCAGUUCACAGGCUGAAGGUGGCGGACAUCAAGGUGAUCGGAGCCCUGGGGGACUCUCUCACGGCAGCUAACGGGGCCGGGUCCAGGCCUGGGAAUGUCUUGGACGUCUUGACUCAGUACCGAGGCCUGUCCUGGAGCAUCGGCGGAGAUGGGAACCUCAGCACCGUCAUCACCCUGACCAACAUCCUCCGGGAAUUCAACCCCUCCCUGAAGGGCUUCUCUGUUGGCACCGGGAAGGAAAACAGUCCUGGAGCCUUCCUGAACCAGGCUGUGGCGGGAAGCGUAGCUGGGGAUCUACCUGUUCAGGCCAGGAGGCUGGUAGAUCUGAUGAAGAACAACACGAUGAACAUAAAUUUUCAGGAAGAUUGGAAGAUAAUAACCAUGUUUAUCGGAGGCAAUGACCUCUGUGAUUUCUGCAAUGACCCGGCCCGCUAUUCUCCCCAGAACUUCACGGACAACAUUCGGAAAGCUCUGGACAUCCUCCAUGCUGAGGUUCCCCGGGCGUUUGUAAACCUGGUGAAGGUGUUGGAGAUCAUCGCCCUGAGGGAACUGUACAAUGAGAAGAAAGUCAACUGCCCAAGGCUGAUCCUCAGGAACUUGUGUCCCUGUGUCCUGACGCUGCCUGAUAACUCAACGGAACUUGCCGCCCUCGUUGAACUGAAUAAGAAGUAUCAGGAGGGGACCCACCGGCUGGUUGAGAGCGGGCGAUACGACACGAGGGAGGAUUUUACGGUGGUUGUGCAGCCGUUCUUUGAAAAAGUGGACAUGCCGAAGACCUCGGAGGGGUUGCCUGACAGCUCUUUCUUUGCUCCUGACUGUUUCCACUUCAGCAGAAAAAGUCAUGCCCAGGCAGCCAGUGGUCUCUGGAACAAUAUGCUGGAACCUGUCGGCCAGAAGACAACACAGCGUGAUUUUCAAAGCAAGAUCAAUAUCACGUGUCCGAACGAGAACUGGCCGUUCCUGAGCACCUACAAGAACAGCGUGCAGGGUCACGGGAGCCACCUGCUGUGCAGGGACAGAGCCCCUUCUGCCUCGCUGCCCACCUCAGUGCACGCCCUGAGACCUGCGGAUAUCCAAGUUGUGGCUGCUCUGGGGGAUUCUCUGACCGCUGGCAGUGGAAUUGGCUCCAAACCAGGCGACCUUCCUGAUGUCACCACUCAAUAUCGGGGGCUGUCAUACAGCUCAGGAGGAGAUGGCUCCCUGGAGACUGUAACCACCUUACCAAAUAUCCUUCGGAAGUUUAACAGAUAUCUCACAGGCUACGCACUGGGCACGGGCAGCGCCAACGGCACAAAUGCGUUCCUCAACCAGGCCGUUCCUGGAGCAAAGGCUGAGGAACUUGCAAGCCAAGUCCACACUCUGGUACAGAGGAUGAAAGAUGACCACAGAGUGAAUUUCCAUGAGGACUGGAAGGUCAUCACGGUGCAGAUCGGAGGCAGUGACUUAUGCGACUACUGCACAGAUUCGAACCUCUAUUCUGCAGCCAACUUCUUUGGCCAUCUCCGCAAUGCCUUGGACAUCCUGCACAGAGAGGUGCCCAGAGCCCUGGUCAACCUUGUGGACUUCAUGAGCCCCAGCGUCAUGCGGCAGGUGUUCCUGGGGAGCCCAGACAAGUGCCCAGUGCAGCAGGCCAGCAUCCUCUGUAACUGCGUUCUGACCCCUCGGGAGAACUCCCAAGAGCUGGCCAGGUUGGAGGUCACCGCCAGAGCCUACGAGAGCAGCAUGCGUGAGCUGGUGGAGUCAGGCCGCUAUGACACACGGGAGGACUUCUCCGUGGUGCUGCAGCCCUUCUUCUACAACAUCAGUCUCCCCGUCCUGGAGGAUGGGCGCCCGGAUAUGUCUUUCUUUGCCCCGGACUGCAUCCACCCGAGUCAGAAAUUCCACUCCCAGCUCUCCAGAGCCCUUUGGGUCAAUAUGCUUGAGCCGCUAGGAAGGAAAACGGAUACCCUGGACCUGACAGCAGAUGUAGCCAUCUCCUGCCCCACUCAGAACGAGCCUUUCCUGAGGACCCUCCGAAACAGCAACUACACCUACCCCACCAAGCCAGCCAUCGAGAACUGGGGCAGUGACUUCCUGUGUGUGGAAUGGAGUACUUCCAGCAGUGUUCCCACCUCGGUCCAUGAGCUCCGACCAGCAGAUAUCAAAGUGGUAGCCGCCCUGGGUGACUCGCUGACGACGGCGGUGGGAGCCCGCCCCAGCAACUCCAGUGACCUGCUCGUGUCCUGGCGGGGCCUCUCCUGGAGCGUUGGAGGGGACGGGGUCUUGGAGACCCACACGACACUGCCCAACAUUCUGAAGAAGUUCAAUCCUCGAAUAUUCGGGUUCUCCACCGGCACACAGGAGGAGACAGCAGGACUGAAUGUAGCUGUCGAAGGGGCCAGGGCUCGGGACAUGCCAGCCCAGGCCCGGGACCUGGUGGAGCGAAUGAAAAACAGCCCUGAAAUCAACCUGGAGGAAGACUGGAAGCUGAUCACACUGUUCAUUGGGGGCAACGACUUGUGCCAUUACUGCGAAAACCCGGAGGCCUUCUCAGCUGGAGAAUACGUUCGGCACAUCCAGCAGGCCCUGGACAUCCUCUACGAGCUUCCACGAGCUUUUGUCAAUGUGGUGCAGGUCAUGGAGCUGGCUAGCCUGCACCAGGGCCAAGGCGGGAAAUGUGACAUGCCGCUGGCCGCUCAGAGCAACUGCACAUGCUUCAGACGCUCCCAGGAGAACACGUGGGAGAUGCAAGAACUGAAGAAAGUGAACUGGAACUUUCAGAGCGGCAUAUCCAGGUUCUCCUACUGGCACCAGUACCUGGAGCGUGAGGACUUCACGGUAGUCGUGCAACCCUUCUUCCAAAACACGCUCGUCCCCCUGAACGAGAGAGGAGGAGCUGACCUCACCUUCUUCUCCGAAGACUGUUCCCACUUCUCGGAACGUGGCCACGCCGAGAUGGCCAUCGCACUCUGGAACAACAUGCUGGAACCAGUGGGCCAUAAGACAACCUCCAACAACUUCACCUACAGCCGAACCAAACUCAAGUGUCCCUCUCCUGAGAGCCCUUACUUCCACACCCUGAGGAACAGCUGUCUACCCCGAGACAAGGCUGAAGCAGGCCCCAACGUGCUCUCCUGGGCUGUGCCAGUGGCAGCAGGAGGUGGCCUUGUCGUUGGCGUCGGCGCGGUGAUGGCCUGGAGAGCCGUGAGAAGGAGCCAGAGUGAAAAUCUUUCAACCAGCUUCUAG